AUCAAGAAAUAUCAGAUUCACAACAAACUACCUUAUCAAUAAUUGAAUCGACAUACCAUAUUGCUAACAUGAGCAAUUUAAAUUUGGACCAUGAGAAGCUGAGUGAUGAAGUAGGAAAAACCUUAGCUGAAACUCUACGUAGAAAUCCCACCAUAAAAUAUUUAGAUUUAAGUUCAAAAAAUCUAUUCAAUGGUGCAGGUCAAGCAAUAGCUAAGGCAUUAUGCAAUAAUAGCACACUUAAUGAUUUGAAUUUGGAAAACAAUUAUUUUGGCGAUGAAGCAAUAAAAGCAUUAGCUAUGACUCUAUAUAAGAACACUACACUUAUUCGUUUAAAUUUAAGCAGUAAUCGAUUUGGCAGUAAAACUGUAAAAACACUGGCUGGAGUAUUAUACAGGAAUACCUCCUUAUCUAAUUUAAAUUUGCAUAAUAAUAAACUAGGUGAAUCAGGUGGAAAAGAAUUAGCUAAUGUUUUAUGUAGAAAUAAAACUUUAACUUAUUUAUAUUUAAGUCGGAAUAAUCUUGGUGAUAAUAGACUCUGUGAUUCAGGAGGGAAGGCAUUGGCUGAUGCUUUAUGCAAAAACUCCUCCUUAACUGAUUUAAAUUUAUGCCAUAAUAAUCUGG